AUGGCAGGAAAGACUAUCAAACUGUCAAAGUACAGAUGGAAAAAAACUGCUCUUCCUGAAUCAGUUGCAUCGGCUGGUGAUGCUUGUUUCUUUUCCCUCGAAGAAAUCGAGCCAGUGGAUGAUGACCCCAAUGCAGAAGUUGGAGCUACAAUCAACGGCUCUGUCGAAGAUAUAUUUCCAUCUGGAAUUGAUCUUGACUCGUUUAUUCAUAUUGAUGAAUUCGAUGAAUCCAAAUCGAUUGCUCCAAAGUCCAACAAUCAAAAGGAAUCCACUCACUCGACAAAAAAACUAAAGCGCAUUAGUGCCAAAGAUACACUAGGCCAUCCGUUUGUAGUCGAAAAAACCACGGCUCCAAACUUGAACGAUCAUGACACUUUUCAUAUCACAGAUGCACCUGUUAGCGACGAGCCCAUUGUGGAUCAUUACAAAGUGCCAUCUGAUUCCAAAUGGCUCGAGUUUGGUCUGAAUUUACAGCUGGUUCAAACACUCCACAAGCUCGGUUUCUCUUGUCCAACUGAUAUUCAGGCAAAAUCGUUGGAAAACACACUGGUUCGCCAUAAAGAUAUUAUUGGUGCUGCAGAAACUGGAUCUGGAAAAACACUUGCGUUUGGACUACCAAUCUUGCACCACUUGGCAAUCCAACUUCAAAAAAACCCAAAUACUGCCUGCAUUGGCCUGAUUAUUACUCCUACACGAGAGCUGGCUAUUCAGGUUUCUGAUCAUCUUAAACGAGCUGGUGCUGCUAUUACCCACAAGAUUACUCCAAUAGUUGGAGGAAUGUCCUUGCAAAAACAACGUCGUCUUAUCGCUACUAAACCUCAUAUCAUUGUGGGAACACCCGGAAGAUUGUGGGAGCUCAUUCAAGAAGAUCCCGAGCUACUUGACAUGCUCAAGCAUACCACCUACCUUGUCAUUGAUGAAGCCGAUCGUAUGCUUGAAGCGGGGCACUUUAAAGAUUUGGACAGCAUUUUGGGCUGUAUUUCUGUUUGCAAUACCGACAAUGCUUCUCAAAUCAAACGAAGAACCAUGGUCUUUUCUGCCACCAUGUUAGAAGACGAUGCAAUCAAGCAAAAGGCAACUUUGAACUUUAAAAAACAUAACAAAAUCAAGAGUAGUUUAUUUAUUACAGCAAAAGGACUUUUGGAAUCAAAAAUUAAUUGUCUCAAGACUGAAAAGGAUACUAUGCUAUACUAUGUGCUAUGUAGAUAUACUGCAAAAACGAUCGUCUUUGUCAACAGCAUUGAUGCCAUUCGGCGGUUGGUGCCAAUCCUGUCGUAUCUUGGUGUUCAAGUAUUUGGUUUGCAUGCCGAGAUGCAACAACGCCAGAGACUCAAAAAUUUAGAUAGAUUUGUCGAGACUCCAAAUGGAGUUUUGAUUGCCAGUGAUGUUGCUUCGCGUGGUCUUGAUAUUCCCAAAGUGGAUCACGUAAUCCACUACCAACUCCCUCGAGCUGCGGAUAUAUAUGUGCAUAGAUCUGGACGAACUGCUCGUGCUAAUGCUGAGGGUGUUAGUGUGGCCCUGGUUUGUCCUGAAGAGCUAGUUACGUACAAAAAAAUAUGUCAUGCUCUUUCUAAAGGUAGGUUGGUUUAA